AUGGUGGCCGGCCAAUGAACAAAUAAACAGGUUUUAUUAGACAAGAGAAUUUCUGACAAGCGUAGAAAAAGUUUCAACAGCCGCCAUUUUGCCUGUUUGAAGUCGCGUAGAAAUUCAGAUGAUUUUCUUCUCUCAUACUGUCUUAUGUUCAUUAUAAAGGUUCGUUUUUGUAAAAUCAGUGUUAGAUAAUAUAAUAGUGUUUUAAUUUUGGUGACGAUUUUUGACAGUUAGUGAAAAAGUUGAAAAACUUGCUUGAUUAAAUUAGAGAUCAUUGUGCAGUUCCGAUGGAAGAUGGAGAAAGGCAGUCGCGAAAUAUAGUCGACCAUUCGCAUUAGUCGAUACUCAUAAUGACUGAUGGUUGACUUUUAUUCGAUAAAUAUGUGCCUUGUGAGAUGCAUCGACUCUCGAACACUCGGUACAUCGACUGUUUUGCUAUGUUUCUUUCAUAUUUUUGCCCACAAAUCAUGCAUUUGUUACUUGACUUACAGUAAAUAGUGGAUUACAGUGCUGCUAGUUUGGUCAGCCGUAGCAUUGGGCCAGUGCUCGGUUUUGGCUUGGUAAACAGCAGAGUGCACCGAUUUUGCCAUGGCCGAUCACCUUGUAGAUGGGCCGCCUAAUGCAAAAAGGCAAAAAUUGGACCCUUUUCAGGGGCCAUCGGAUUCAUCCGAUGUUUUAUCCAAUAUGGACAUGCUGGACUUGGAAAAUGAUCUUCCAGAUGAACUUAUGUCAUCAUCACCAUGGGGAAGUAUUUCUGAUAACAUGACAAGUACUAAACCACCUGCUCAAGGUCCAGGACCAGGUAGUUUACAAAAUGGUAUAGAUAACACUGACAGUAACAACCUUAGACAACAAAUGCAGCUCAAUCAUCUCCUACAACAGAGCAAUAAGGGUUUAGCUGGGCCACUCCUACAACACACUACUGGGCCAUUGGGUAAUAAGAGCCCAAAUCUUCAGUCACCACCUAAUGUAUCGGUAGCAAAGGGUGGUGUAGUAGAAAUGAAUCUAGGUAGUUUACCAUCCAGCAUCGCAACUAAUACAGGUCUUCAGUCUAUGGCAAACAAUGGUAAUUCUACCCAAGUUAUGAGUUCAGUUCAAGGAAUUAAUAACAGUGGUGGUAACAUGAUAAUGACAAGUAGCAAUAUGAGCACAAUGAGUGGAAUGGCAGGAGGAGGGCUGGUUGUGAGCAGUACCAUAAACAAACCACUGGCAAAUGCUAACAUGUUUGCACCUGGUCAUCCUCAACAUCCUGCCAAUCAUAAUGUAAAUCAAGUUUUACCAAAUGGACCCAUGAUGAAUAGAGUUGGUAUGCAUUUAAAUCAACGUGGGCCUCCAAUUCACAUUGGUGGACCGAGACUAGGGGUUGGACCACCACUAUGUGGACCUCAGGGUAUGACUGGCAAUCCUCAAUAUGCCCAAUAUGCAAAUCAAAAUUCUGCUAAUCAAGGUGUUCCAGUAGGUGAGUAUGGUGUAGUAACUCCACAACCAAAAAUGAAUCUUCAAAAUCCAUGCCCUCGUUUUGGCACUACUCAGACAACAGCAGGAACGGGAAUUGGUCCUCCUCCAGGUUGUGGUGGAGAAGGUGGCAUAGUUCAAACCCAACCACCUGCUCCAUCACCAGCUCAGCCACAAUCUGGAGCUCCAAGUGGUACUCAACCAGGACCCCAACAAGCAACUCAAAACCCCAGUGGACCUUCUGCACCGCCUCCUCCAGCACCUUCAACUGAUCCAGAAAAACGGAAACUGAUACAACAACAGUUAGUACUUCUACUUCAUGCCCAUAAAUGCCAAAGGAGGGAGUCUCAGGCAAAUGGAGAAGUGUGGUCUUGUACAUUACCCCAUUGCAAAACCAUGAAAAAUGUUCUCAAUCACAUGACUACAUGUAAUGUCGGGAAAAGUUGUUCAGUGGCACAUUGCAGUUCAUCACGACAAAUAAUUAAUCAUUGGAAAAAUUGUGUGAGGACGGAUUGUCCUGUUUGUUUGCCAUUGAAACAAGCUGAUAAAAAUCGAAAUAAUCCAAAUGCUGCUGCAACUGCUGCACUAAACAAUCAAUCUUCAAAUCCUUCCGCAACAGAUAUGCGCAGAGCAUAUGAUGCCCUUGGAAUUCAGUGUCCUACAACAGCAUCAGGGCCAAGUCCUACAGGUUUGAUACCAAAUCCAGGCCAACCAAGAUUGAGAUUAUCUGUUAACUCCGGGAAUGCUUUACCAAAUAUUGGUAAUAACAUGCAAGGUGUUAGGGUAUUAGGACCAACAGGACCUGCUGCACCCAAUGUUUCUCUACCCUUGAAUAGUGAUCCUUCCAAUUCUGCUCAAGCUCAAGGAAUUAGUCAAACAGCUGCUAGUAUCCAACAAAGUGUUAAUAAUGUUAUGUUUGGGUUGGCUAGUGGUGCAGAAGCUGCAAAUCAAGGUUUAGUGAAUCAAUUACCUACAGGUUUACAGCCAGGACAAGUAACAGCUUCACCUGUAACAGGAACAAAAGAAUGGCACCAACAUGUUACUCCAGAUCUCAGGAACCAUUUAGUGCACAAGCUUGUGCAGGCAAUAUUUCCUACGCCUGAUCCUCAAGCUUUAUUAGAUAAGAGAAUGCAUAAUUUAGUGGCAUAUGCUCGGAAAGUUGAAGGUGACAUGUAUGAAAUGGCUAAUUCAAGGUCAGAAUAUUACCAUCUCUUAGCAGAAAAGAUUUACAAGAUCCAGAAGGAAUUAGAAGAAAAAAGACUGAAAAGGAAAGAACUGCAGUUGCAAUUACAACACUCAUCACAGCAACAGCAACAAAUUAGACCAAAUAUACAAGCAGGUAUUGUAGCGCGACCAGGUGUGCCUGUGAAUGUUAUGCCUUGUCAACAACAACCAAACCAGCAGCAACCGGGAUUAAGGAGUGGUUCGCCUGCUCUAGGUGGGCCACCUAUUAGUGGUCUAGGAGUAUUAAAUGCACCAGGUAACCGACUCAUGUUUCCAGUUCAGCAGCAAAAUACUCAACAACAAAAUCAACAACAACCCAAUGCAGUUGGUUUACCUGGACCAAGUCCAACUACAUCAAAUCCAGGCCUUUCACCAUUCGGAAAUCCUCUUUCACAGGGUAGCACGCAUAACAGUACUUCAAAUAGCCAAUUCCCAGCUACCAGUAAUGGACCAGUUAGUUUGCCCCAAGUAUCCCCAGCUGGACAAAAUUCUCAAGCAAAUCCAUUUAGUGAUAUGUUAAAACAAAGUCGAAUCCCGCCAUCACCGUCUAGCUUUGUUCAACAACCACAACAAAAUCUCUCACAAUCAAAUCAACAGAAUGUUGCUCAAAACAAUACCUCUCGAAUACCAACAACUUCAUCUGACUCUUCAACAAUGCCUCUAAAUACUAACGCUGGACCAAAAUCUGUUAGCUCCUCCAGGGGUACAUCACCUGCACCUGCUACUCCUGUACAAGCUUCUCCUUCAGCUUUAGCAGCUAGCAUGGGUAAAGGUAUGAGUAGCUCAGAAAGAGCUGCAUUGAAUGCUCCCAGACAGAGUUCAUUAUCCUCGCAAAUGGCGGCUAUUACUGCGGCUGCAGGACGAGAUGAGGAUUCUCCCUCUCCACCAGCAGGGGGUAGUAAAGGGAAACUUGAUCAAAUGAAAAUGGAAACAGAUAUCAAACAAGAAGAACCUGAAGUACAUGAAAAUUUCAUGGAAAAUCACAGUGGUAAGACUAUGAAACAGGAGAUUAAACAGGAAAUUAAAUCAGAAUCUAUAGAUGGAUCAAUGUCAAUCAAAGAGGAGCCUGGAUUAAUCAAAGAAGAAUCAAAUAUGUCUGAAAAUUCUACUGAUAUUAAGCCUUCCAUCAAUGACACUGCCAAUGCAAUUGCUACAGGAGGUGAUAAGAAACAGAAAAUGUUCAAACCGGAUGAACUUCGUCAAAAAUUGAUGCCUACUUUGGAAAAAUUGUUUAGACAAGAUCCAGAAAGCAUACCAUUUAGACAACCUGUAGAUCCUCAGACACUGGGUAUUCCUGAUUAUUUUGAUAUUAUUAAGAGACCAAUGGACCUCUCUACUAUUAAAAGAAAAUUAGAUAUAGGUCAAUAUGCCGAUCCUUGGGAAUAUGUGGAUGACGUGUGGCUAAUGUUUGACAAUGCUUGGCUUUACAACAAGAAAACUAGUAGAGUCUAUAGAUACUGUACAAAGUUAUCAGAAGUAUUUGAACAAGAAAUAGAUCCAGUGAUGCAAUCAAUGGGUUAUUGUUGUGGAAGAAAAUAUACCUUUAAUCCACAAGUUUUAUGCUGCUAUGGAAAACAACUUUGUACUAUACCAAGAGAUGCCAAGUACUUCAGUUAUCAGAAUAGUAGUUUGAAGGCAUAUGGACUAGCUUCUGAUAGAUAUACUUUCUGUCAAAAAUGUUUUAAUGAUAUUCAAGGAGAUACUGUUACUUUGGGAGAUGAUCCAACUCACACUCAAACUGCAAUAAAGAAAGAUCAAUUCAAAGAAAUGAAAAACGACCACCUAGAGAUGGAGGCAUUUGUGCAUUGUACGGAUUGUGGGCGAAAACUCCAUCAAAUAUGUGUUCUUCACAUAGAAGCAAUUUGGCCGCAAGGUUUCACUUGUGAUGAAUGCUUCAAGUUUAAAGGACAAAAGAGGAGAGAAAAUAAGUUUACCGCGAAACGUCUACCUACCACAAACUUGGGCACGUAUAUCGAAAAUAGGGUUAACAUAUUUUUGAAAAAGAAAGAGGCCGGCGCGGGUGAAGUGUCGAUACGAGUAGUUUCUAGUUCGGAAAAAGUUGUUGAAGUUAAACCGGGAAUGCGUGGUAAAUUCGUAGAAAGUGGUGAACUAGCUGGGGACUUUCCUUACCGAGCGAAAGCACUUUUUGCAUUUGAGGAAAUUGACGGAGUCGAUGUAUGCUUUUUCGGUAUGCAUGUGCAAGAAUACGGUUCCGAGUGCCCACCGCCAAAUACGCGACGAGUUUACAUUGCGUAUUUGGACUCUGUUCACUUUUUUAAACCGAGACAAUUUAGGACUGCUGUUUAUCAUGAGAUUUUAUUAGGGUAUAUGGACUACGUUAAACAAUUAGGUUAUACAAUGGCUCACAUUUGGGCUUGCCCUCCUUCGGAAGGUGAUGAUUACAUCUUCCAUUGCCAUCCUCCGGACCAAAAGAUACCAAAACCUAAGAGAUUGCAAGACUGGUAUAAGAAGAUGUUAGAUAAAGGAAUUAUUGAAAGGAUAGUUAUGGAUUAUAAGGACAUUCUUAAACAAGCCAUGGAAGAUAAUUUAAGAUCGGCGGCCGAUCUUCCAUAUUUUGAGGGUGACUUUUGGCCAAAUGUUUUGGAAGAGAGCAUAAAAGAAUUGGAUCAAGAGGAAGAAGAGAAGAGGAAACAGGCUGAAGCUGCAGAGGCUGCGAUAUUUUCCUCGAUGGAGGAAAGUGAAGUUGGUCCUGAUGGCAAGAAAAAGGGCCAGAAGAAAGCCAAAAAGAGUACAAAGUCAAAAGCAAAUCAAAGAAAAAACAGCAAGAAAUCCAAUACUCCCCAAACUGGCAAUGAUUUGUCUGCCAAAAUUUUUACUACUAUGGAAAAGCAUAAAGAAGUUUUCUUUGUUAUUAGGUUACAUACUGUACAGUCCGCUGCUAGCUUAAAGCCAAUUCAGGAUCCUGAUCCUUUUAUAAACUGUGAUUUAAUGGAUGGUCGAGAUGCAUUCUUAACGCUCGCCCGAGAAAAACAUUAUGAAUUCUCUUCAUUGAGGAGAGCCAAAUACAGCACCAUGUCUAUGUUGUAUGAAUUACAUAAUCAAGGUCAAGAUAAAUUUGUAUAUACUUGUAAUAGUUGUAAAGCACAUGUGGAAACAAGGUAUCAUUGUACCUUAUGUGAAGAUUUUGACUUAUGUAUACAAUGCUAUGAAAAAGAAGGUCAUCCUCACAAGAUGGAGAAACUUGGUUUGGACAUAGACGAUGGAAGCUCCCCAAGUGAUAGCAAAGCCAAUCCUGGAGAAGCACGAAAAUUAUCGAUACAGCGUUGUAUUCAUUCAUUGGUGCAUGCUUGUCAAUGCAGAGAUGCAAAUUGUCGAUUGCCGAGCUGUCAAAAGAUGAAACGAGUAACAAAUCACACCAAAUUGUGCAAAAGGAAAACAAAUGGUGGUUGUCCCAUUUGCAAACAACUUAUUGCUCUUUGUUGUUAUCAUGCUAAACACUGCCCAGAAACCAAGUGUCCUGUACCAUUUUGUUCUAAUAUUAAACAUAAACUCAAGCAACAACAAUUACAACAGAGGUAUCAACAGGCGCAACUACUUAGGAGAAGAAUGGCUGUGAUGUCAAGAACAGCUCCAACAACGAAUCCAUGCCCAGGAGCGGCUAAUAUCGCAAUAUGUGUUGCUGGAGUACCAUCGGUGGUACCUACUGCUGUUAGUCCAGCAAAUACUUUGAAUGCCGGUUUACCUAAUCCUGCAAUGGGAAUACAACCUCCACAUCAACCUGGUAUAGGUUUAAAACCAGGUGCUCAAACUCCACCAGCUAAUGUACUCCAAGUAGUGAAGCAGGUUCAAGAAGAGGCGGCCCGACAGCAAGCUCCGCAUGUGAGUUAUGGUAAAGUCAGUCCUGGUCAAGUGCCUGUACAAAAUAUGCCUCCACCUCAAAUUAGGAGCAUGGGACAUCUUGGAGCUGGGCAAAGUGGUGGUAACCUCUUACCUAUGGAACAGUGGCAACCAAGGUAUCCAAGUGCGGUAGCGCCGGGUAUUAGACAACAAGGUCCACCUAUCAUGCAACCAGGUCAGAUGGGUCAAACUCCCAUGCAAACGAAUCAAGCUGGUGUUCGACCAGGUGCUACACCCAUUAGUGCACCAGGAAACAUGAUGCAGAAACAAGCGUUACAACAGCUCAUGCAAACCUUAAGAUCGCCGCAAUCUGCUGAACAGCAACAGCAAAUUCUGACGAUACUUAAGUCAAAUCCACAGUUAAUGGCUGCAUUUAUAAAACAGAGACAGCAAGCACAAAUACAACAAGCAGGUGGUGCAACUCCUUCCCAGCAGCAACUGCAACAUAUCUUGAAUCAACAACCUAAUGCAACCCAACAUCAAAACAGGGUGCAAAUGCAGGCAGGUUUAAUAAACCAAGCACAACCACAGGGCCUCAACCCAGGUCCCGGACAGGGCCAGCCCAUGGCGCAACAGCAACAAUGGUUCAAACAUCAUCAGAUCCUCGCCAUGAGACAACAGGCGGCGGCUCAACAACAGCAGCAGCAGCAGCAACAGCCUGGUUUCCAACAGCCUGGUGCCUGUCCAACUUAUCAGCAGAGGCUACCGGGUAUCAGGCAACCACAUAUGGGCUACAACAAUUCGUUUGGCGACCAGCAAUACCCACCCAUGCAAGGUCUGAAACCAACGCCAUCACCUUUACCAUCGCCACAGGGCGUAAUGGGACCACCUCAGGGACAAGGCAUAUCUGUGCAACAGCAACAACUGAUGCAAAGUGUUCGAAGUCCGCCUCCGAUAAGGAGCCCUCAACCGAGUCCGUCUUCGCGCACGGCACCAAGUCCUCGAAACCAGACAGUAGCGAGUCCUCGAGGUCCUCAACCUUCUCCACACGAUCUCGCGACAGCGUCUGAGAUGUUAUUGAGUCAAAAUCACUCGAAUUCCCUUCAUCCGCACGCCUCGCCCGUUGCAGCACCAAACCAAGACUCAAAUAACGAAGUGCCGACUAUGACUCCACAAGACCAGUUGAGCAAGUUUGUGGAGCAACUUUAGUGGUGCAAUGUACUUCUUUCGAGACGGUUAUCAGACUAAUAAAAGUGAUAAAAAAUAUAUUUAUAUAUCUUAUAUAUUUGUACAUACUGUAGAUUGUCAAAAUAUGAAUUGUAUUAUGUUGUAAUGAUUAUAUAUACAAAAUUGUACAUAUGUUUGAUAGACAAACUGUAUCAUAUUAUACAUAUACAUAUUUAAUAUUUAGUGAAUUACUUGAGUGAAAAAAUUGAGAUACCUUAAAGUAUUUAUGGCUUUGCGAGGCUGUGUUUAAAAUUAACGGAUUGUUACCUAGUGAAUGGUAGACUUUGGCAUAGCUACGCAUCUGUUAAUCAUUUGUUUUAUUUUUCCUUUUUUAUUUUUACAAUUUUCAAAUAAAUAUGACUUGUUAGGAUAGUCGAGAUGUAUAAAAAAUGAAGUAAAUCAAUUUUACCGAAAAGUAUAGUGUCGCGUCGGUAGCUAUUGUGAUGGUGGUCUUUUUAAAAAAUAAAACUCCAUUUGUUUUUUAUAUACAUAUAUAAUAUAUUUAUAAUUUAUAAUCUUUCGUCUUGAUUUCGUAUGUUACACCAUUCCACGAAGUGUGGGGUGCGGUGCUGGCACAAAUGACAAUCCUGACGCCCACGCCAGUGCAAUAACUUAUUGAAAAACUCCCUCCUCUAAUUUAUUACUGAAAAUAAAGCAACUAGAUUACUUAGUGUUAAGUAUUAUAUAAAAGAAAAUAAACAGUAAUUCUGAA